GGCCAAGGCUGAGUGGCUUGCCCCUUUGCCUCUCUCCGGAAGGCUGAGCAACAUUGCCUGAUGGCUCAGGCCAUGGGCACCCAUCUGUUACUGUAAUCUCUGGUUCAUGCAGGAGCAAGGAGCCCACAGCCUCUCCUUCUGACUGGGUGGACCCUGGGUGUGCAUUUGGUGUGUGAGCCAGCUCCAAGAGGGGAUAGAAAGACGCUGGAGGUGUCCGGGGAUCUCAGCCUCCAGGCCAGCCCUGUCUCAACCCCAAAGGGUGAUGUUGGACUCAGUGACACAUAGCACCUUUCUGCCCAACACGUCCUUCUGUGACCCCCUCAUGUCGUGGACCGAUCUAUUCAGCAAUGAAGAGUAUUAUCCUACCUUUGAGCAUCAGACAGCCUGUGACUCCUACUGGACAUCAGUCCACCCUGAAUACUGGACUAAGCGCCACGUGUGGGAGUGGCUCCAGUUCUGCUGUGACCAGUACAAGCUGGACGCCAACUGCAUCUCCUUCUGCCACUUCAACAUCAGCGGCCCGCAGCUGUGCAGCAUGACCCAGGAGGAGUUCAUGGAGGCGGCCGGCAUCUGCGGGGAGUACCUGUACUUCAUCCUGCAGAACAUCCGCACGCAAGGUUAUUCCUUUUUCAAUGACACUGAGGAGACCAAAGCUACCAUCAAAGACUAUGCUGAUUCCAACUGCAUGAAAAUAAAUGGCAUCAAAAGUCAAGACUGUCACAGUCAUAGUCGAACAAGCCUCCAAAGUUCUCAUCUAUGGGAAUUUGUGCGAGACUUGCUUCUGUCUCCUGAAGAAAACUGUGGCAUCUUGGAAUGGGAAGAUAGGGAACAAGGUAUUUUUCGGGUGGUUAAAUCAGAAGCCCUGGCAAAGAUGUGGGGACAAAGGAAGAAAAAUGACAGAAUGACGUACGAAAAGUUGAGCAGAGCUCUGAGAUACUACUAUAAAACAGGAAUCUUGGAGCGGGUUGACCGAAGGUUAGUGUAUAAGUUUGGAAAAAAUGCACAUGGUUGGCAAGAAGACAAGCUCUGAUCUGUUCCUGGCAUCAAGACCAUUUUAUGGAUUAUUGUCUUUUCAUAAAUUGGAAUGCAAUAGACACUGGAAAGUCAUU